CUGCGCCGGUAGAUACUGGCUAAUCUUUCCAAGUACAUAAUGUAUUAAAUGUUAUUGACAAAUAGUAAAUACAAUUUAUCUAAGAGUCUAUAUUUGUUUAUAUGGCGAUCUAUAGCGCAUAUCGAUGGGAGUAUGAAGUAAAAUCACGAAAAUAUAACAAUGUGUUUAAGGUGCUUUUAUGGUGUUUUCGAUAGGAAUCAUGGCUGUGGAUGUGAAAAUUGACGAGAAUAUCGAUGUUGACGAUCUAAGGUUCUAUUCGCCGCCAUCAUUGCAUGAAGAAGCUCCUUUUGUCAAAAAUAUGUUUUACAAGUAUAUCAAAAGUGAGUUUCCAUGUUCUUCGGAAAACUCGGUCCAUAGUAUUCCAAAAUAUUUCAGGAAAAAUGGAGAAAGGCAAGCUUGUGAAGCUGAAAAAUUGGUGUUCCAAAGACUGAAAAACCUCUCUAGUAUAGAUGUAUCAUCGGAUUUAUCGAUAAUCUUCUUCCAUAGUGCUUCCUACGCUGGAUAUUCCAACAGAAAUCAAAGAUUGGGGAAAUUGAUGAUUCGUGAACAUGAUUUUGUUGUCUUUGUAAAAUGUGAAGAUAAACAUUACGUGCUUCUGAUUGAAGUAAAAUCAACCAAUGAUCGAUCUACCUUCAAAGAGAACAUUGAAAUAACAGCAGACGCAAAAAUCAUCAAAAACAACAAGAGAUCAGCUCAGCAUCAGCUGAGAGAUCAUCUAGAAGUGCUCCAAAACGGUUUAGGUCAUGCAGUCAGUUCUCAGAUUCAGACUUACAUCGUUUGGCCUUAUCUAGGGGCAAAAACAAGGGACCCUAAACAUAAGGUGAUUGAUCGAUGGAGUGAAGACAAAGACCUACAUGUUUUCGAAGAUGCUGUAUCAAAACAAAGUGAUUUUAACAGAUGGUUCAUUAAAACAGUUCUAAAAGGUAGAGUUUGUGGCGAUGCCACUUUUGGACAAUUGCUAAAACGGUAUAUUAUCCUAAGUUGUGGAGUGUUUAUGGACGAGAUAGAUUCGAAAAUGUUAGCUCUCCUUACUCAGCAACAACUAGAACUCCUCAGAACAGACCUGUGCAAAAAAAGAGGCUCUCUGGUAGUGCAUGGUAUCGCAGGUACUGGCAAAACACUCUUGAUCCUUAAGAAACUGCAAUUAUUACAUGAAAACAACGAACUGAAUGAUGCAAAUAGAGCUCUCUAUAUCUGUUAUUGGCCAGGAAUAAGAUGUGAUGUCAUAAACAAACUAAAAACUAUGGGAAUAGAUCGAUACGUUGAUACAACCAGGUUUUUCAUCACUGCCGAAGAUUUCCUAAAAAAUAACAAGAUUAAGUACAAACACAUCUUUAUGGACGAAGCUGAAGCCACUAUUCUCAGUUUUAAAAAGGAAAUUGUUGAAAACACGUUCUACAACAUUUUCCGGGCUUAUCACAACGGCAACUGUCCUUUGGAAACCUGCACUUUGGCUAGCUUGGAAGCUUUCGAGAAAUAUAACAUCUCUACGCUUAUUGAGUUACACCUAGACCAGAAAAUCAAUUGGGGACAGCUCUGGUUCAUGGUGGAUACGAACCAAGCUCUUAUGUUCCUCCCGAAACACUCUCCAAAAAUACUAAAAACCCCCCAAAUAGUGUUGAACAAGGUUAUAAGAUCAACCAAAAGAAUAUGUAGGUUUUUUCGUUUUGCUAGUAACAACAGUUACUUAGAAGAAGACUUUCCGAGGUCUUCCAAAGACCCGCCUAUUUUCUGGGCGAAUAGAGGCACUAAUGUAACCGAAACAGUUUCAGAAGUUUUAGUGGACUUAUGUGCCACGAAAGGUGUCAAACCUCCAGACAUUUGUGUCAUACCCUUCCUGCAAAACGAAAAACUGUCCAAGGACGCGAUCAAUAUGCAGAUUUAUCGGAAAUUUGUUGAGAACGCGUUUAGACCAGUAGGUGUGUCAGAUGUGGAGAGUUUUUUGAACAGGAGAGCUCCCAAUGAGUUCUUAGUAGCAUGGGCUCUCAGAGUGAAGGGUUUGGAGUUCAAGGUGGUUGUUAUGGUGGUUGAUGAGGAUCAGUUUGAUCAACAGGACGCGGAUGACCGAAGGAAAUUGUAUGUGAUAGCUUCUAGGAGCACAUGUAUGUUGGUUGUUAUCGGAGACGAGAGCUUUAAGAAUAGUUUAGAGUUGAAAGACUGUUUCCAGGAUUAUUGUUUCAAUAUAGAGUUUGAAUAUCAAAAAGCUCUUAGUGAUACAUAGGAUGUCGUUUUUGGUUUUUCGAAAACUAAUAAUACAAAAUUGAAAAGUUUUAUGAUAGUGAUACUUCAGUGAUCAGAAAAUGCCAGACCAAGACUUACUGGUAUUGGUCUUAUUCUUUCUUUCAAGACUUCUUCACAUAAUAUAUGUUUGAAAAUUCGUAUUCCCCUGCUUCCAUGGACCGCACGCCGCUGACAAAGGCCGUUAUAUUACAAAUUUUCAUUGAAAUAAAAAUUUAAAAAAUAUGAAACAAGACGUCAUGGUAGCCAUUUUGAAACACUGUUUGUCAGUUUCGUUUGACAGUUAUUUCGUUAAUGUAGUUUUUAGUGACUUUUUAGAAUAAGUAAG